GAGCGUGGAUAAUUUGAGAAUCAAAUUGCCCUAUCCCGAUGCAUAAAAAAUGCAGUGGACAUUGGAGUGCUUCAAUGGAAUGAGAAAGGCUUAUUGGAUUACUUGCAAUGUUGAACCAAACAUACAGCAUUUGUCUCUUGACAGGAGAAGAUUCCCAAGUAAUUUUCUAGUGAGGCCUCGAGAUCUCAACAGAUUGCUUGCUAAUUUUCAGUCGUCCCUUCAAGAGAUCACCAUCAUAGCAACAGAACCAAAUUCCUUGCCUUCUGAUGUAGCAAGUGAAAUUGGAGGGAAAGCUGUUGAGCUUAGGAGUUAUAUAGACCCAACAAAAGACAAUGACUUGUCACUACACACUCAACUAUGGAUAGAUCCCAUGGAAGAGUUUCUUCAAUACACUCACACUGGGGACCCUGUAGACGUCACAUUUGGUGUGAAGGAAUUGAAGGCGUUUCUUUCUUUCUGUGAAGGCUGUGAAGUUGACAUUCACUUAUAUUUUGAGAAAGCUGGCGAGCCUAUACUUAUGGCACCAAAAUUUGGCCUCGAUGAUGGUUCCAGUUCAAACUUUGAUGCUACACUUGUACUUGCAACCAUGCUAGUGUCACAGCUCCAUGACCAUCCCUCAGAGCCUGCACAAGCUGCUGCUACAACGCCUGCACAGACUGAGGGCCUAUACGUAUGGCACCAAAAUUUGGCCUAG